GUCCGAGGUUUACUGGGGCGCUUGAAUUAUAUUGCCAGAUUCAUAUCGCAGCUCACCGCCAUUUGUGAGCCGUUGUUUAAACUCUUGCGCAAAAACCAAACUGAUCGGUGGAAUGAGGAUUGCCAAGAGGCUUUUGGAAGGAUCAAAAAGUGCCUAAUGAAUCCUCCCGUGCUUAUGCCACCAGUACCUGGAAGGCCUCUCAUUUUGUACAUGACAAUCUUGGACGAGUCGAUGGGGUGUAUGCUGGGGCAACAUGACGAAUCCGGGAAGAAAGAGCGCGCUGUUUACUACCUAAGUAAGAAGUUCACGACCUGUGAGAUGAAUUACUCCUUGCUCGAAAGAACGUGUUGUGCUUUAGUAUGGGCAUCCCAUCGCCUAAGGCAGUACAUGCUGAGUCAUACUACCUGGUUGAUAUCCAAAAUGGACCCGGUUAAGUACAUCUUUGAAAAGCCACUCGAUCUCCUUGAGGAAAGAUUGAGGGCUGUGGAAGGAUUUGGGGACUAUCCAUUUGCAGACAUGACGGAUCUUUGCUUAGUACCCGAUGUUGUUAUUCCCCCGAAGUUCAAAGUGCCGGACUUCGACAAGUAUAAAGGGACGACUUGUCCCAAAAACCAUCUCAAAAUGUACUGCCGUAAGAUGGGCGCUCAUUCUAAAGAUGAAAAGCUGUUGAUACACUUCUUUCAGGAUAGCUUGGCCGGAGCUGCGGUAGUGUGGUACACUAAUUUGGAAGCUUCCCGUAUCCGUACUUGGAAGGAUCUGAUUACCGCCUUCCUAAGGCAGUAUCAGUACAAUUCUGAUAUGGCUCCUGACCGUACUCAACUGCAGAAUAUGUUUAAGAAAGAGGGUGAAACCUUUAAAGAAUAUGCGCAGCGAUGGAGGGAUUUGGCGGCACAAGUAGCUCCUCCCAUGGUUGAGAGAGAGAUGAUCACCAUGAUGGUAGACACUCUGCCAGUGUUCUACUAUGAGAAGCUAGUGGGUUACAUGCCGUCCAGCUUUGCGGAUCUGGUGUUUGCCGGGGAAAGAAUCGAGGUUGGAUUGAAGAGACUUCGGAUAAUUCAGCAGAGCGAAUUCAAGGUUAUCGAACAGCUCAACAAAACCCCGGCUAGGGUCUCGCUGUUGGAGUUACUUAUGAGCUCCGAGCCUCAUCGGGCUCUGCUAGUAAAAGUGCUGAACGAGGCUCACGUGGCCCAAGAUAUUUCGGUAGAAGGUUUCGGAGGGCUGGUCAACAAUAUCACUGCCAACAACUAUCUUGCCUUCGCCGAAGAAGAAAUCCCCGCCGAGGGGAGAGGGCAUAAUAAGGCUUUACACGUAUCGGUCAAGUGUAUGGACCAUAUCGUAGCCAAGGUACUCAUCGAUAAUGGUUCCAGUUUAAACGUGAUGCCUAAGAGCACUUUGGACAAGUUACCAUUCAAUGCUUCCCACUUAAAACCAAGUUCAAUGGUGGUUCGGGCCUUCGACGGCACUCGCCGAGAGGUUAGGGGAGAGAUCGAUCUCCCAGUACAAAUAGGCCCUCACACCUGUCAAGUCACCUUCCAAAUAAUGGAUAUUAACCCCCCCUACAGCUGCCUGUUGGGGCGCCCGUGGAUCCACUCAGUGGGAGUUGUGCCUUCUACACUCCACCAAAAGCUGAAAUUCGUAGUGGAGGGGCACUUGGUCAUCGUGUCAGGCGAGGAAGAUAUCUUGGUAAGCUGCCCAUCCUCCAUGCCUUACGUGGAAGCCGCAGAAGAAUCGUUAGAAACCGCUUUCCAGUCUUUUGAGGUGGUCGAGCAAGAAAUGAAUCAAACGGAAGAUGAAGGAGAUGAGGAUGUGGGACUUCCUUCGGAACUAGAAAGAAUGGUCGCCCAUGAGGACCAAGAAAUGGGGCCUCAUCAAGAAGAAACAGAGCUAGUAGACUUAGGAAUUGGCAGUGGAAAGAGGGAAGUAAAGAUAGGUACAGGCAUUACCGCACCUAUCCGUGAAGAAUUAAUAAUCCUGCUAAAAGACUACCAAGACAUCUUUGCUUGGUCAUACCAAGAUAUGCCCGGUUUGAGUUCUGACAUUGUGCAGCACCGAUUACCUCUAAAUCCCGGGUGUUCCCCAGUAAAACAGAAAUUGAGGAGGAUGAAGCCCGAAACAUCCUUGAAGAUAAAAGAAGAAGUGAAGAAGCAAUUUGACGCUGGAUUUCUGGCCGUCGCUCGGUAUCCAGAAUGGGUUGCCAACAUCGUACCAGUUCCUAAAAAAGAUGGGAAAGUACGAAUGUGUGUAGAUUACCGGGACCUGAAUCGGGCCAGUCCCAAGGACAAUUUUCCUUUACCACACAUCGAUAUCCUCGUAGAUAACACGGCCAAUUUCGCUUUAUUUUCCUUCAUGGACGGUUUCUCUGGUUACAAUCAGAUAAAGAUGGCGCCCGAGGAUAUGGAAAAGACUACUUUCGUCACCCUGUGGGGAACGUUCUGUUACAAGGUGAUGUCCUUUGGACUCAAGAAUGUCGGGGCAACUUAUCAACGGGCCAUGGUAGCUUUGUUCCAUGAUAUGAUGCAUCAAGAGAUCGAGGUCUACGUGGACGACAUAAUUGCUAAAUCUAAAUCUGAGGAAGAACACCUUGUCAACCUGCGGAAGUUGUUCGAAAGGCUUAAGAAAUAUCAAUUGAGGUUGAACCCCGCUAAGUGUACCUUUGGGGUCAAAUCAGGGAAAUUGCUUGGUUUCGUUGUAAGCCAGAAAGGGAUAGAGGUAGACCCCGAAAAAGUGAAGGCUAUCCUUGAGAUGCCAGAACCCCGUACAGAGAGGCAAGUCCGAGGUUUACUGGGGCGCUUGAAUUAUAUUGCCAGAUUCAUAUCGCAGCUCACCGCCAUUUGUGAGCCGUUGUUUAAACUCUUGCGCAAAAACCAAACUGAUCGGUGGAAUGAGGAUUGCCAAGAGGCUUUUGGAAGGAUCAAAAAGUGCCUAAUGAAUCCUCCCGUGCUUAUGCCACCAGUACCUGGAAGGCCUCUCAUUUUGUACAUGACAAUCUUGGACGAGUCGAUGGGGUGUAUGCUGGGGCAACAUGACGAAUCCGGGAAGAAAGAGCGCGCUGUUUACUACCUAAGUAAGAAGUUCACGACCUGUGAGAUGAAUUACUCCUUGCUCGAAAGGACGUGUUGUGCUUUAGUAUGGGCAUCCCAUCGCCUAAGGCAGUACAUGCUGAGUCAUACUACCUGGUUGAUAUCCAAAAUGGACCCGGUUAAGUACAUCUUUGAAAAGCCAGCUCUCACAGGACGAAUCGCCCGGUGGCAAGUCUUGCUAUCUGAGUUUGAUAUAGUCUACGUCACCCAAAAGGCGAUAAAAGGAAGCGCUUUGGCAGAUUAUUUGGCUCAACAGCCUCUUAACGACUACCAGCCCAUGCAUCCGGAAUUUCCGGAUGAGGACAUCAUGGCCUUGUUCGAGGAAAAGUUGGACGAAGAUCGGGACAAAUGGACUGUAUGGUUUGACGGAGCGUCAAACAUUCUAGGUCAUGGCGUUGGGGCAGUGCUGAUCUCUCCGGACAAUCAAUGUGUACCUUUCACAGCCAGGCUAGGAUUCGACUGCACCAACAACAUGGCCGAAUAUGAAGCAUGUGCCCUAGCCGUCCAGGCAGCAAUUGACUCCGAUGUCAAACUACUCAAGGUGUACGGCGACUCAGCGUUGGUAAUCCAUCAGCUGAGAGGGGAAUGGGAAACUAGAGAUCCCAAGCUGAUACCCUACAAAGCCUACAUCAAGGAAUUGGCUAAGACUUUCGAUGAGAUCUCCUUCCAUCAUGUUCCCCGCGAGGAAAAUCAAAUGGCGGAUGCACUUGCUACGUUGGCAUCUAUGUUCCAGCUAACACCGCACGGGGACCUACCCUACAUUGAAUUUCAGUGUCGUGGCAAACCCGCACAUUGUUGCCAAGUGGAAGAGGAACGGGACGGAAAGCCUUGGUAUUGCGACAUCAAGCGAUAUGUCGAAAGCAAAGAAUACCCGCCAGAGAUUGCCGACAAUGAUAAAAGGACAUUGAGGAGGUUGGCAGCCAGUUUCUUCAUGAGCGGAGGCACACUGUAUAAGAGAAAUCACGACAUGACACUCCUGCGAUGUGUGGAUGCCAAGGAGGCAAAUCACAUGAUCGAGGAAGUCCAUGAGGGCUCGUUUGGAACGCACGCCAACGGGCAUGCUAUGGCCAGGAAGAUCUUAAGAGCAGGUUAUUACUGGCUUACCAUGGAAAGUGAUUGUUGUGUCCAUGUGAGGAAGUGCCACAAAUGUCAAGCAUUCGCGGAUAAUGUCAAUGCCCCACCGCAUCCUCUGAAUGUCAUGUCCGCCCCUUGGCCUUUCUCCAUGUGGGGAAUAGAUGUCAUCGGGGCCAUUGAGCCCAAGGCCUCGAAUGGUCAUCGCUUCAUCCUCGUAGCAAUAGAUUAUUUCACCAAGUGGGUCGAGGCGGCUUCAUAUACCAAUGUCACGAGGAAUGUGGUGGUCAGGUUCAUUAAGAAGGAGAUCAUCUGCCGAUAUGGUUUGCCAAGGAAGAUUAUCACGGACAACGGCACCAACCUGAAUAACAAGAUGAUGGGGGAAAUGUGCGAGGAGUUUAAAAUCCAGCAUCACAAUUCCACACCCUACCGGCCAAAGAUGAAUGGAGCCGUGGAAGCAGCCAAUAAGAAUAUCAAAAAGAUUAUCCAAAAGAUGACCGUGUCAUACAAGGAUUGGCACGAGAUGCUCCCAUUCGCGUUACACGGUUACCGGACUUCAGUGCGAACGUCAACUGGGGCAACGCCGUUCUCAUUGGUAUAUGGGAUGGAGGCGGUGUUACCAUUUGAGGUAGAAGUCCCGUCAUUAAGGAUUUUGGCAGAAUCCGGAUUAAAGGAAUCAGAGUGGGCUCAAACACGCUACGAUCAGCUCAACCUCAUUGAGGGUAAGCGCUUAACGGCCAUGAGUCACGGGCGCUUGUACCAGCAAAGAAUGAAGAGCGCGUUCGACAAGAAAGUACGCUUACGCAAGUUCCAUGAGGGAGACCUUGUGCUAAAGAAAAUGUCCCACGCUGUCAAGGACCACCGAGGGAAAUGGGCCCCGAACUACGAAGGGCCUUUUGUUGUGAAGAGGGCUUUCUCCGGAGGGGCCCUGGUGCUUACCAACAUGGAUGGCGAAGAGCUACCUUCACCCGUGAACUCUGAUGUCGUCAAACAAUAUUAUGCUUAG